CUUGCCCCGGUGCCCCUUCCCACGCUGGGGUCCCACUGACCUCCAUCCCGAAGCAUGUGGCCCCUCGCAGCACCUGCGUCCAUGUCCGAGUUCUCAGCACACAGGAUGGACACCCCGGGCCACAGAGGCUGCAGCCAGAGCACUUUGCAGGCUGAGGCCCCAAGAACCUCCUGAACUACUCUGCUUCAAACCUGCUGGACAAGAAAGAGAUUUUCAGCGAAUCCCUUCAAUCCCCGAGAGUGGUCUUGGACGGCCAAUUGAAACCCUUGGAACUUGGCCGUCAGGGAGCCAGGCACCCUCCCUCCAGCUCAGCAACCUCACUGGGUGCCUGUGGGCAUCAGGAGGUGUUCUGAUGGGGGUCCUGCCACACCUCAGAGCCACAUCACAGCAUAACAAGCAGUGUGGAUGUCGCAGCACAUUAGAGACCCGAUCCACCGUGCCCCUAUUGUGCACAUGUAUUUUGAAUUCAUUGAGCAGCAGGAAGCACCCCCAACCUGGCCAUCCCUCCCCUUCCCCUUCCCCACAGAGCUCAGAGAGCUCAGCUUUGAGGAUGGAGUCAGGAGGAGGGUCUUCAACAGCCCUGGGCCCCGUGGCCGCCCUGGGUGGGGCAGGUGCUGGGCCUGGCUGCUCCUCCCUGGAUCUGCCCAGCACAGAUCCAGGGAAGCUCCGAGUACUGCCCAUCAGGCCUGGAGCCCACAGUGAGGACCAUACCUCUGAGAGCCCUAGUGGUCAGGCUGCUGUGGGGGACGGCCCCCCAGACCUGGGCUCCAUGGGGGAGCCGAGCUGCGAUGCUAAGAUCCCUAACCGGGACAGCGGGAUUGACAGCCCAUCCUGUAGCAUGGCCUGUGAGCCCUUCCCCCGCAAAGGAGACAGUGAGGCAGGCCUGGGCCCCACCGUCCUGCAGCUGCACCCAGAGAUGGCCCCAGACAGCAAAGCCUCCGGGGAAGAGGCCGACAGCGAUGUGGGUGAGGACAGCAGUGAGGAGCCCGAGCCGGAGAACAGCUCCCCAAGUGCCAGCGCAGACCUGGCCCCAGCCAAGUGCUCUGAGCCCCAGAAGCUGCUCCACAUCGCCCAGGAGCUCCUGCACACCGAGGAGACCUACGUGAGGCGGCUGCACCUGCUAGACCAGGUUUUCUGCACCCGGUUGACGGAAGCAGGGAUUCCUUCAGAAGUCACCACAGGCAUCUUCUCUAACAUCUCCUCCAUCUAUCGUUUCCACGGGCAGUUCCUCCUGCCUGAGCUUCAAACGCGGAUCACAGAGGAGUGGGACAUGAAUCCCCGGCUUGGGGACAUCCUGCAGAAGCUGGCCCCAUUCCUCAAGAUGUAUGGAGAGUACGUCAAGAACUUUGACCGGGCCAUGGAACUGGUGAGCGCCUGGACCCAGCGCUCACUGCUGUUCAGGGAUGUCGUGCACAGCAUCCAGAAGCAGGAGGUGUGCGGGAACCUGACGCUGCAGCACCACAUGCUGGAACCCGUUCAGAGGGUCCCCCGCUAUGAGCUGCUGCUCACGGACUAUCUGAAGCGGCUGCCAGUGGAUGCCCCAGACCGGAAGGAUGCAGAGAGGUCCUUGGAGCUCAUCUCCACAGCUGCCAACCACUCCAACGCCGCUAUUCGGAAAAUGGAGAAAAUGCACAAGCUCUUGGAGGUGUAUGAGCGACUAGGGGGUGAGGAGGACAUUGUCAACCCCACCAACGAGCUGAUCAAGGAGGGCCACAUCCAGAAGCUGUCAGCCAAGAAUGGCACAGCCCAGGACCGCCACCUCAUCCUGUUCAACAGCAUGAUCCUUUACUGUGUGCCCAAACUGCGGCUCAUGGGCCAGAAGUUCAGUAUCCGGGAGAAGAUGGACAUUUCGGACCUCCAGGUGCAGGAUAUCACCAAGCCACAUGCAGCCCACACAUUCAUCAUAACGGGAAAGAAGAGGUCCUUGGAGCUGCAAACCCGGACGGAAGAGGAGAAGAAAGAAUGGAUUCAGGUCAUCGAGGCCACCAUCGAGAAGCACAAACAGAACAGCCAGACCUUCAAGGCCUUCAGCGGCACCUUGGGCCAGGACGAGGACCCCUCCCUCCCUCCAGACCCUCCUAUGGUGACUACCAGCUCUGAGGAACCUGCAGUGGCAACCGACAGUGGAGGGGGUAUUGCAGGGCUCGAGCCCAGAAGAGGGUCCUCUAAGACCAGGCGUGACAAGGAGAAACAGGGCUGCAGGGGCUGUGGUGAGACCUUCAACUCCAUCACCAAGAGGAAGCACCACUGCAAGCUGUGUGGAGCAGUGAUCUGUGGCAAGUGCUCCGAAUUCAAGGCCGAGAAUGGCAGGCAGAGCCGAGUCUGCCGAGAAUGUUUCCUGGCACAGCCAUUGGUCCCUGGAAGCCCCAGCUCCGAGGUUCCCGCUGAGCCCAAGCAGAGCACUGAGGAGGACAGUGGGCCACCAUGUGCCAUCCCCCUUUCUGGCUGUACGGGGAGUGUGCCGGACCUGGCAGAGAGGCUGGAUGGGCAUGUGUGGCGACUGCAGCAGGCCCCGAAGUCCUUGUACCUGAGUGCCCCAUCCGCCGAGCUGGAGAUCCUGCAUGUGGCCACCUGCAGGGACCCAACCCAGGCCAGCCCAGGGCCCCAGAGUCCCAGAUCCCGGAGACACAUGAACUAAGUCUUGGCCAUAUCCUUGGCUCUGCAGCCAUCAGAGGGGCCUCUGCUUACUUGGGAGGUGGCCACAGAGGCCACAUUUAAAAGUGAAGGGUGCCCGACUGCUGAGGGGCCAGUAGGCCACAGGACACUUGGCUCUGGAAGGUUCCUCUGCUUCAGAGAGGAGGACACUGAGGCGCGGAAAGGCCACCUAUCCAGGGUCACCCAGCAAAUCUCAGGGAAGAGCCCAGCCUCUGCCCUCAGACCCAGCAGUAUGGCUUGGAGUGGCACACAGGUGACUGUCACGUAAACCCCAUUGGUGUGGCCGUGUGGGGGCUCUGAGAGGCAGAAGGAGUGUGGUGGACGGUGCCCAGGAACAGCUGGUGGACGUCUGCAGUCGCACUGGCCCUCCCGGUCCCUGUCCUCCUGUCUACACUGUGUGAGCUGAGCCAUGACUGGCCCCCAGACUCCACCUCCUUCUCUGCCCACUCCUGGCUGCCAGGUGCCCCCCGCCCCAGCCCCGAUGUUGCCUCACAGACCACCAGCCCGUGCAGAGCCACGCACGGGACAGGGCAGGUGGUGAGCCUGGGCUGGCCAGAUACACUCAUGGUUCCUGGAUAACCUCACUGAGAAACUCCACGGGAGCCCCUCUCCCACCCCCAAUGUCACGUGGGGGCCUGCGAGUUGUGCCUGUCUCCCCUGAUGGAUGGCCAGCAGUUCUUAUCUGCAUAAAUAAAUCCUGGCAGACA